AUUGUAAAGUAUCUAAAGUAUUGUACUACCUCCUCCAUUGCUACUCCAUUGCUAUAUGCACUAUAUAUAUGCACUGUACAUACAUUCACACACACAUACCCCCAUAAACUGGCCGUCACUUUACUCACACUGCUACUCUCCGCUGACUCCGCCCCCCAUCAAAUCAUCCAUCAUCGGCCAGCCUUCGACCUACCUUACUACGACGCUCCAUCAAUAUAUAUUUAUACUCACGUGCAGAAUUUAUCCGUUUCAGCAUGCCCGCGGUCGCAUAAACACACCGAAAGCUCGCAGCUGCCAGGAUACAGAAAUACAUACAUCCAUCGGCUCCGAUAUCCCUCCCCAAUACACCUUCGAGCUCUCUCCUCCUCCAUCUCCUUCUCCAUCUUGCGACGUGCCUUUUGCGCGGGUAAAAAAGGGUCUCCUCGACGGCAGCACGCAUGAGGAGUGGAGACUACAGGGACGCUGAGCUACUCCAAAUACCCCCCAUCGACCCUCAUCCAAGACGAAACGAGCGCUCUCUCGCUCUCUCGCUCUGCAACUCUCCUCCUUCGCUCUUCCUGCUUCCACCAUCCUCUGACUUGACCUGGUCCGAAUACUCACUCUUCCGCAAUAUCUCUACGACCUCUACAUCCUUUUCGCCGCCGUCAGCCGGCACCAGGUAUACCCGGGUGCAACCGAUGCGGAAUUGGAAUACAUACUCAAUUGAUCCUCGUUGACUAUAUCGCCCUCAUCAUCGAAACGCUGCAAUUAAUGCGUUAUUGACACUCGUUCCCAGUCAUCGAAGCCACUCGUUGCCCAUCCAUCCAUACUACCUGCUCCCACUUUCGCUGUUGCGCGAGCAUCGACAAAUAGCGUUGAUAAAAGAGGAGCCUAUCUGGAGCUUCCACCAUUGAAAGAACAUACCAUAUAUCGCGCAAUCAUAUACCCUCUUGGACAGUUCACGAAUUAUACAGUGCCAGGACUCAAUAUCACUAAUUUAAAGAGUACGGACAUAUCGAAAGCCCGAGCGACCUAGUUAUUACCUGGUUCUCUCCCGUCGCUUAUCUUACCAGUGGCCUGUCUUUGCGUUAAACGCACAGUAUCGUCCGUUCUCCGUUCUCCCGUUCUCCCGUUCGUUCGUGCCUACCUACUUUAGAAUAAAAGGAACAGACGACUUUCCAGUCUUUUAGCGGGGAGAUGUUUCAACCGCAAGCGACCCCGUUCGCGUCCUUUGCUUACACCUCUUCAAUACCAAACAAUAACCCACAUGGUGACUAUAACUUCCAAGCCGCGACGUCCAAUCUGGGGUUAAACAGCGGAGGGCCGAUCACCUUCGACGAGCCGAUCUUCAACACCGUUGGCUCAUUCGGCGGCAAUUUGAACCAACACCUCAACCUACCUCAGCGCUACAACAACACCAUGACUACCCCGCCCGUUGCCGAUGACUUGGAGGCCCAAGAGGCGCUUGCAAGAAAAUAUCAACCAGACUUAAAAGGACCCUUGGUUGGGCCUAAGAAGAGCAGUCAUGCCAUCACGGAAGAAUACGCAAAAGCUGAUCCGAUAUUCGUUGCCAAAACUGCGAAAUUGCCGCAGACUUACAGCCAUUACCGACCUGUACUUGGCGAUGGCAACUGUGGAUGGCGUGCGAUUGGCUUCUCGUACUUCGAGACGCUCAACAAGCUAGGGAGCAAAGACCAGCUUGAAGAAGAAAUCGCACGUAUGAUGUCACUAACGAGUUUCAUCGAAACAUGGUGCGGCUACCAAGAAUGGCUCUUUGAGGACAUGAGGGAGGAAGUGCUCAGCCUUUUGAGAGACCUUGCUGCCACAGUACAUGUGCGGCCGACGCCUGAUUCGGAUUCACUAACCCUCCUACGCUUUAACGACGAGGAGGUUUCUAAUGCCAUUAUCUACUACUUCAGACUGCUUUCCAGCGCGUGGCUCAAGGCCAACGCUGUCACCUACAGAGAUUUUAUCCCAGAUGGACUUGGUGUCGACAACUACAGCAAAAACAUGAUCGAGCCUUCAAAAACAGAGAUUGAGCACUUGGGCAUGACCCUUUUGAUCGACGUCCUAAUGAAGCCGGUCGGUAUCGCCGUCGAGAUUGUUUAUCUGGACAGGAGUGAGGGAACGGAUGUUAAUAGUCAUAUCAUCCAGGCUGAAGAUGAGACUGGUACCCCAAUCCACGCUGGCGCCCCAAUGGUCCACCUGCUGUACCGUCCUGGUCAUUAUGAUAUCCUGUAUAAGGAGAGAUCCCCCGCUCUUUCAUUGAGGCAGCAACAGAUCAUCGACGGCGCAUCCGCCUCGGCAAAUAUCCAGGUCCACCGCGCUGGUAUCCUCAACCGCGUCCAGGACCCGUCUCCAAUGACAAACUUUAACGCCUUCGAUCUGUCGGGUAUUGCGGGCAUUCCCGGCCUGUCAAUGGCGCCUCUCGGUAACCAGGGGUUUUCUCCAGCAUACGCCCCUCUUGGUGACUGCAAGCCCGUAAUGUCACCUUCAUACUCACUCGAUACGUCGGCCUCAACACCAACCAUGCCGUCCGUCUCGCCGAUAUCGGCAGUACCAUCCCAGGCCUCCAGCACCCCGAUAUUCCCCUCCGCAGCACUACCAAUACAUAGCGGCCCCUCACAACCACAACUCUCCCGCGCCAUCCCGCCCACGCCGACCGAAGCCCCGCCGCCGCCGAACCUAGGCAGUCAGUUCAGGCACUCGAAAUACGAGUAUGAGAGCGACUGGAACGAUCCGUCCGCGCAGCAGUCGUCGUUUCAGACGAACACGUUUAAGAACAGCCAUUAUAACACUGCGCACUACAAUAACCCCAAUUUUCAGCCGGAAGAGUGGUGUCCGGAUGAUGAGGAGAGACCGCAGGCGCCGAGGAGGGACUCGGCGAGGCAUAAAUCUGCGUAGGUGGGGUGGAGAUAGGGCUGGGAUUUGCAGACGCGAGGGUUUUCGGAAUAAAAAUUUACUGGCAUACCCCCGGCACCAGGGAAUAGGGAGGAAAAGGAAACAAACAAACUAUCAUGGGACAUGGGAUAUGGGAUAUGAGAGAGAGACAGGAACUGAUUGUGGCACGCACGUGUGUGCCUUAAUUCGAGAUAGUAUCUAUCUCUAGGAUUACGCCGAAUUUCAACAGAGCUGUGUUGGCUGGUGGGAGCGUUUGAUUGAAUUAAUGAGAAAGAUGUGGCGCAUAGCUUUGGGGAAAUUCUUCCAACAGGUAAUAAAUGUUGGUUCUUGAAACACACGGCGUUUAUGGGGGAAGCGAUCGGGGGAAGCGAAAUGCUAGGUAGGCAACGAAUGAUUUUUUGAUGGGAUUGUCUUGAGGACAGCGAAACUUGCGCGUCUUUUUAUUUUUAUGAUAUACUGUUUGGGGCGUGGGGCGUUGUUGAUGGUUGAUGAUUGUGGUGGCAACAUGGUGUGUGGGGGACGAGCGAACGAGUGGUGGGGGGGGGUUUCGACAAGCAAACGGUAGUUGAUUAAUACGUUGACAUGUUGUUGAGCUGGUUAUGAAUUUUUACGAGUUCUGGG